GCGAUCAACGUGACCGCACGGUUUUCAUGCGAGAAUAACCGUUUUAGGUUUUCGGUAAUAACCGUUAGGUUUAUAUCUCAUCCUGUGCGUGUUUUUUCCGCCCACACAGAAGGUCACAGGCCUACAUCGGGGAGGAAACACACGGGAUCGGCUCGACCAACCGCACCACCUGGGUUUUAUUCACAUUCAUCUUUCUUCAUUGUAUCAUCCCCUGCUUCGAGACGCGUUUUCCUGAGCUGGUCCAUUCAGCGGGAGAGAGAAAAUGUCGGGGCAAACGCUCACGGAUCGCAUCGCCGCUGCGCAGUACCAGCUAACGGGAUCAGACAUGGCCCGAGCUGUCUGCAAAGCCACCACUCAUGAAGUGAUGGCGCCCAAGAAAAAGCACCUGGACUACCUGGUGUCGGCCACCAACACCACCAACGUGAACAUCCCUCAGAUGGCUGACACGCUGUUUGAGCGGGCCACUAAUGCCAGCUGGGUGGUCGUGUUCAAGGCCCUCGUCACCAGCCAUCACAUGUGUGUCCACGGCAAUGAGAGAUUCAUUCAGUACCUGGCUUCCAGGACCUCCCUGUUCAACCUCAGCAACUUUAUCGACAAAACCGGCUCUCACGGCUAUGACAUGUCUACAUUCAUCAGACGGUAUGGACGAUACCUGAAUGAGAAAGCUUUCGCCUACCGCCAGAUGGCUUUUGACUUCACCAGAGUCAAGAAGGGUGCUGAGGGCGUGAUGAGGACCAUGACCACUGAGAAGCUGUUGAAAGGCAUGCCUGUUCUUCAGACUGAGAUUGACACACUCAUGGAGUUUGAUAUUCAUCCCAAGGAGCUGAACAAUGGGAUCAUCAAUGCUGCAUUUUUGCUUCUCUUCAAGGACCUGGUCAAACUGUUUGCCUCCUACAAUGAUGGCGUCAUCAACCUAUUAGAGAAAUACUUCAAGAUGAAGAAGAACGAAUGUAAGGAGGCCUUGGAGAUCUAUAAGAGGUUCCUGACCAGGGUGACGAAGAUUGGGGAAUUCAUGAAGCUGGCCGAGACAGUUGGAGUCGACAAAAAUGACAUUCCUGACAUUAACUAUGCUCCCAGCAGUAUCCUGGAGUCUCUGGAAACACACAUGAAUGGUCUGGAGGACGUAAAGAGUGGAAAGAAGGGGUCUCCAACCAAGGGAUCGCCGACAAACAACGUGUCUCCAACAUCGACUCCAUCCAAAUCUUCAAACGCUGUUCCCACACUGCAGCCUCCUCCCGGGGAGAGUGCUGGUGCCGCUGCUUCAGCCGCUCCCGAACCAGUGGAAGACUCCUUGCUGGACCUGGAUCCUCUGUCCUCCUCAGGUCCCUCAGGACCAUCAGCUGCCCCUACAUCUUGGGGAGAUCUUCUUGGAUCAGAAAUGGGCGAUUCCUUGCUAUCUGAACCCACCCUCACAGCAGAGCCCACCCCCUCCUCUGCAGCAGCAACGCCCACCCCUGCAGCAGCAGAACCCGGAGUCUCUCUAGCUCCUCCCACUAGCACAGCAGCUGCCACCUCCACUGGUGCCGCCAAUAUGGAUCUUUUGGGAGACGCCUUUUCCACACCUGCUCCUGCAUCUGAGGCCUCUGCAGCAGCAGCCGAAGGUGGGGCUGCAGCUACGUCUGCCCCAGCCACCAACGCCGGAGCUGAGUCCACAGGAGGAGACGCCUCAGCUGCUGCCGCUCCUGCUGCCCCCGGUGCUGAGCUCAUGUCAGUGUUUGAUGGCCUAGGGGAUGUAAUGAAGCCCACUCUGACCCCUCAAGCAGGCGAUGUUGACACCUCAAUGGCUAACAUGGCGAGUAAUCUCUCAAUGGGAUCCGCAGCGGCCCCUCAGGUAGCUCCCCCCAGUUGGGGUGCUCCCAUGUCCGGAGCACCGGGUGGCGGAGCUCCCAUGAUGCCCAUGGCGAGGCCAAGUUUCCCAGCCACCGGAGCGACACCCGGAGCACCGAUGUCUCCUGGAGCAGGCCAGAGCCCCAGAAAGCCUCCACCUCAGAGGAACGCUCUGGAUGACCUCAAUAUUAAAGACUUCAUGUAGACGGACUGACCCGAAACCCCCCAAGGUUUAUUGUAUCUGGAGCUCCGUGGAUGUGGUCGUCUGCACUUCCCCACUGCCUCCCCGUCCAUCACGCCCCGGCCCCUUCAGCCAACCAGCCAUCACAUCAAGAACCUUUGCCCACUGAACUCCCACCAGCCGCGACCCCCCCUGAAAAAAAACAAAAUCCCUCCCCUCCUUAUCUAAUGUUGUAGCACAACUGUGAAUGUGAACCCUAGAUACAGAAAACAAAAUUCAGUUUAUGUGUGUGUGGGUGUGCGUGUUAUUCAGUGUUAACCUUUACUUAAUAUACCACUGGAAAAAAACGAACAAAAAAAAUUAAUAGAUGUGUAUUUAGAUUCAUUCUGGAUAUCUGCAUAUCAGCUGACUUGGAAUGGUGGAUAUAUGUUGGUUUCUUUGCGCAUCUCCCAGAAGAGGACUGUGUUGUUAAAUGUGGACUGUGUUCAGUGUGUGUAACUUCACUGGCCAACCCCCCUCCUCCCCCCACUCCCACUACUUUACCCAUGUCACCCAAACUAAUACUGAGCUAUGUUGAUGUCAUUGAAGACUUGGUUGUUCCUGCUCGGCCAUCCAUCCUCCCACCUGUUAUUAAUCCAAAAUGUACCUGAACACAACUUGCAAUCUAAUUCCGGACUUCUCGUUGAACACAUCUGGUUUCGUUUUGACUUUAUCGUUUUGUAGGGAUCGCACGAACACGCAAAGGUUUGUCAAAUGUGUUCAAAUCGACAUGUUUUAAAUGAUAGAUUAUACAUAUUUUCUUUAUUUUGAGAAGAUACAAAAGCGUAUCAUAUAUUUUUAGUUAUGUCAAAUUAUAUGGUUGAGAAAAAAAGGCAAGUAGACUCAAUAAACCUUCCCUCCUUCUUUGUACAUAUCUCUAAAUCUGUAGUCAGAGUCAGUAUUGAAUGGAAACUUUUGAGUGUUUACUGUUCCGCCCUCUGCUGGUGUGGAGUGAUUUUGCAUUGUAGCGUGCAGCACUGGUCAAUCUGGGAUGCAUCCUGCAAAGUGCUCUCUAAGAGCUGCUUUCCUCUUCUCAGUCUCCUUAUGAAACGACGAAAGAGAGACAAGGAAGCAUCUGAUUGGAACGUGGCCUCAGUCCUCCCUGGUGCAUCUGUUCAUACACUGUCACUGGAAGUCUUGGGUACUCAAGUAUACGCUGGCUGUUCUGUGUGUUGUUU